AUGAGCCUGAGCAGGAGCUGCAGUUUCCUAAGGAAGGGGUUGCAAUGCAUUCUGCUGACUUUCAUCUCAUCUCUUUUAUUUCUGUGCUUUCUUUUAGGAAACACUCCUUUACAUCUUGCUGUGAUGUUGGGACAUAAAGAAUGUGCCCACCUGCUCUUAGCCCAUAAUGCUCCAGUAAAGGUGAAAAACGCUCAGGGAUGGAGCCCUCUGGCCGAAGCCAUCAGCUAUGGAGACAGACAGAUGAUUUCAGCACUCCUGAGGAAGCUCAAGCAGCAGUCCAGGGAAAGUGUUGAAGAGAAGCGACCUCGGUUAUUAAAAGCCCUGAAAGAGCUAGGUGACUUCUAUCUAGAGCUUCACUGGGAUUUUCAAAGUUGGGUGCCUUUACUUUCCCGAAUUCUGCCUUCUGAUGCAUGUAAAAUACACAAACAAGGUAUAAAUAUCAGGCUGGACACAACUCUGAUAGACUUUACUGACAUGAAGUGCCAACGAGGGGAUUUAAGCUUCAUUUUUAACGGUGACGCCGCACCCUCCGAAUCUUUUGUAGUUUUAGACAAUGAGCAAAAAGUUUACCAGCGAAUACACCACGAGGAAUCUGAGAUGGAGACAGAAGAGGAGGUUGACAUUUUGAUGAGCAGUGAUAUUUACUCUGCCACCUUAUCCACCAAAUCCAUCACGUUCACACGGGCCCAGACUGGGUGGCUCUUCAGGGAGGACAAAACUGAAAGAGUAGGAAACUUCCUGGCAGAUUUCUACUUGGUGAAUGGACUGGUGUUGGAAUCCAGGAAAAGAAGGGAACAUCUCAGUGAGGAGGACAUCCUUCGGAAUAAAGCGAUCAUGGAGAGCCUGAGCAAAGGGGGAAACCUCAUGGAGCAGAAUUUUGAGNNNGUGCGCCGGCAGUCGCUGACGCCGCCGUCCCCCAACACCAUCUCCUGGGAGGAGUACAUCUCUGCAGAGAGUGGCAAAGCUCCUCACCUGGGCAGGGAGCUGGUCUGCAAGGAGAGCAAGAAAACCUUCAAAGCCACGAUAGCAAUGAGCCAAGAAUUCCCCUUGGGAAUCGAAUCGUUGUUGAAUGUCUUAGAAGUCAUUGCACCCUUCAAGCACUUUAACAAACUUAGAGAAUUUGUUCAAAUGAAGCUUCCACCAGGCUUUCCUGUCAAAUUAGACAUCCCGGUGUUCCCCACCAUCACGGCCACUGUGACGUUCCAGGAGUUCCGCUACGACGAGUUCGAUGACUCCAUCUUCACCAUUCCCGACGACUACAAGGAGGAUCCCAGCCGCUUCCCGGACCUCUAGGGGGGCUGGGAGCUCCUGGGGGCACCAGCCCGGCGUGCCAGGGCCAGGGCAGGGCCGUGGGGCACAGCAAGGGGUGAGCUGGUGGGCCCGCAGCCGAGGGAAGGAGCUGGCGCUGCACUGUGGGCACACAGCCCCUCCAGCUGCCGCCUCCCGGGGCCUCCUGCUGCCACCCCCCCUGGCACAGCCGCUCCUGGCUCGGAGCUGCCGCCCCAGCUGGGAGCAGCUGCUGCUUUUUAAAUUUUUUACACUUGUGGUGACCCGCGAGGGAGGCACUGCUGGACCUUGGCACCGAGCUGGGGCUGGGGCUGGGGCUGGGUGAGGCGAGCCCCCCAACCCUCCCCUGCUCCCUGAGCUCCCAGCUCAGGCACAGGAUGUUGGAAUGUGGGAAGGUAUCCUGGAGGAAUGCCUUGGCUGUAGAUGAAUGAACUAAAUGGGCACCACUGACACUUGGAUCUCCUGCGGCACCCGGGCAGAGCCAGCUGUGCUGAGCAGGGAGCGAGGCCCCUGGGCAGUGCCAGCCCAGCCUGGUGCUGUCCCUGCCCCUUCCCUCCCUUCCUUCCCUCCCAGGGCUGCCUGGCCAGCAGUGCCACUCGUUGGUUAUCCUGUAUUUGAGGCCGAGCACCGCCAGGGCAGGGUGUGGGAGCUGGGGCAGCCCAGGCACUGCCCCUCCCUGCAGGAGCAGCUCCCCCUGCCCUCGGGGCCAGCCUGGUGCUGCUCCCACACUCAUUCCCUGCCUUUGGUGUUCCAAUCACAGAGAAUCCCAGACUGGUGUGGGGUGGGGGGGCCUUAAAGCUCAUCUUGUGCAGCCCCCCCUUCAUGGAUGGUUCAGUACUCCAGCUCCUCGAGCUUAUUCCCAUUCCCAGUUGUUCCAGUCUCCUCAUCUAACAAUAAUCCACCUUUUUGGGGUUUGUUAGGCAAGAUUUGUGCAGAAGGCUGAUGGUGCUAUUUGUUUGUAUGAAGAAAUUUAGAUUCAAGUGCUGUGGUGUCAUUGUACAAAAAUGUAAAUAUUUUCCAAAUUAUAUUCUUUGUGCACUGUAGGUAAAACUUUUUCUGGAAUUCCAUAGAGUUAAGGAUCAAAGUUUAUAAUGAAGAGGAUCAUUGAUGCUCAGUGGAGGGAACAGCUGUGCUGAGCACAAGGGACAAGGAAGGGGCUCAGCCCAGGGCAAGGUGUCAGGCACACCUGAGAGCAGGGAAUUCCAAACUGCUGGAAUCUCUGAUCCAUCCCAAAGAGGCUCCCAAAGAGGGGAGCACUGUCAGCAAAGUGCAGGAGGGUGGGCUUGGUCCUUUGGCAGCUCCUCUGUGGGCCUGGGGAACAGGGGAGCGCUGGGACAGGACAGGGGAGCUCUGUUGUCAAUUCAACCUCAAAUCCAAAAUGAAACUUUAGGGAAAACAAGCAAAGGGAAACGGCUCCUGCAGUGCCGUGUCAGGGCAGGUGUGGAGCAUCCUCUGGGAAUGAUGGAACUUGCUCUCCCAAGUCGUGAUGAAUUCCUGACGUGUUUCACACCUCUGGGAUGAACUGACACCGUGUGUGCUGCUCCUGGGAGCCAGCUGGGAUCCUCUGGGACAGACUGGGGGUGUGUGUGGGGCUGAGCUGGGGCCUGGAUCGGUGCCUGUGGGGCAGCACAGGGCUCUUCCCCUCCAGGGCUCCCUUUGGGGUGUUCUGUGCAGCUGCAGGACCUGUGCCAGUGCCUUACAGGGCACCCCUGCCUUGGGGAUUGCAGUGGUGAGAGGUUCCCCCCCGAGGUGAAUGUCAGAGCUCCCUUUGCUCAGUGGUACAGGGACAUCCACAGCUUUGUGUCCUUUGCAUUUUUGCUCAUCCCAAAUCCAUCCCUGGCUCCGUGGCAGUGUUGCUGGGGCUGUGGGGCCUGGGCAGUGCAGCCACUGCUGGAUCCCAGGGGGGAUCCUGGCCUUGGAACUGGAAAACAAAAGGGUUUGGGUGGCCUCCUGUGGGACUGAGGCUGCUGUGGCUCUGUCCCCUCUGGACAGCCCUGGUGUGUGCCCAAAGCCCAGGGCAGGCCCUGCAAGAGGUUCCUGUGGUUCCUGUGGCCUCUGGCUGCAGACCUGGGGGAUUUUCACCCCCAGGACACGGCUGCUCCCUGGGACACUGCCAGGGCUGCAGGAAGGGCUGCAGGAAGCUGCUCCCAAGGCUUGUUCUGCCUUGGAGUGUGGGCACAGCUUUGGGCUGGGUUAUCCCAGGAACUGCAGCUGCUCCUGCUCUCCCUGUGGAGCUGAGGGAUGGCAAUUCCUGCAUUGUCCCCAGCUCCCAGGGCUGCCCCUGGGCUCCCAGAGCUGCUCUCAGUGCUUGUCCCUCCUCCUGGGCUGUGUGUCCUGCCUGAACAUUCCUGGUGAGAAGUUCUCACAUGCAGGGACACCUGGGCAUUCCCGAUGGAUGCACUGCAGGAAUUCUCAGUCAGAGGGACCCGAGGGGCUGCCCAUGUUCAGAUCCAUGUUUAUACCCAUGUUUUCUCCACUGAAGCCUGUUUUUGUCACUGGGUGGUGUUGCAUGGACACAGGGAAUGUUUGUGGAUGUGUCCAGGGUGUUCCCAGCCCCAGCCUGGGGCACAGGGUCCCUCCCCUGGCCCGUGGCUCUGGGAAAUUGCUGUUCCAAGCAGCAUGGAUCCAGCAGAGCCUCACCUGGGCUUUUCCCCUUUCCUGGAGGCCAGGCCAGGUGUUCAGGAGGGUUUGGUCCCUGGGAGUGAGCACAGAUCCAUGGAUUGUGUCUGUGGCCUGGCAGUGUGGGGGGCCCAGGAGCAGCCCUGGGCGCCCCAGGGCAGGAGGAGAAGGGAGCUGGCCCUGGUGGGAAUCCCGUCCUGCUGCUCCUGCCCAGGCUGGGGCUCCCCUCCCACCACUUCUGUUUUUCCUGAGGAUUUUUGUGGCUCUUAAAAGACAACCAGGAAUUUUGCUCAGCCCAGUUCCGAGCUCGCUGCGGAAGGAUCCUGUGGGUUGUUCCUGAACCAAACUGUUCCUCUGGUCUUCCAAGCUCCUGCUCUGUCCCGUGGCAAAGGGAACCCCCUGGAUUUCCUCUCCGGAGCUCCCAGCACAGCAAUUCCUGUUCCUGCCUCGAGUCCGUCCGUCCCUCCCGGGUGUGUUUGUGCUGGAAUCCCCCGGUUCUGUUGGUAUUCCCACAGCCCUCUGUUAUUUUCUGUCUCUGCUCCUGAGUUGUAAUUCCCGCCAGGAGAACUGCGUUAUUUAAUCCGGAUUAACCAAUUCCUGUAAUGCUGCAGUUUCACUUUUCUGUUCCUGACAGUUUGUAACUCCCAUGGAAAACGAGUCACCUCUCUUGGUUUUGCUGUCGUCCGCUCCCUGGUUUUCCCUUCCCUUCACUCAUAGUCACUUUGGGUUGUAUCAUUGUUAGAAUAAAGACCAAACGAUGCUGUUGGAUUUGGAAGCUGCUCCACCUGUGCAAUCCAGGCUUCCCUCUCCUGUCCCGCGGGGGCGGCACCGGAGGGGAGGGAACGAGCUCCUGCUGCUGCGUUCUGCAAGGGCAUUUUCUUGGUCAUUUUUUAAAUAAAAUCCUGCAUUUUCAUUACA